AUGCAGACGUGCGAAAUCAUAUACAGAUCCCCCAUUGUCGACCAGCCCGCACUGGGCUCUUCAGACGCAGUGAGACGACAUACCGAAACCGGAUCCGGCACGCGGGCGGGGGGUGUGCGCAUCCGCAUGAGCCCAGCGCGGCAGCGCACAGCGGCGACUGAUGGACUCUGCUUCCCCGUUUUCGACUUCGUCAGCAAAGUAGCCGUGAAGACGCGGGGCCGGUCGCGUUGGCGUCGGCCCUGCCGGGCCUUGUGGCUCUCCUGCUCAAUUUCUCCGCCGCGCGUAGAGACGUCGCUCAACGACAGGAUGCUGGAGGAAAUGUCUGUUUCGGCGGCCGCCAGGUUUCAGCCGCCUCACGUGUGCAGAGAGGCAUUCUACAAUAUGAAACGCAGAAACGGCGGUCACGUGGACGGGGCCCGCUUGCACCACGGAGAAAGGCGCUCUCAGCGCAGCGUGUACGGACAUCUUCAGACAUUUGCUUUAGAACACCGGCUUGAAUCGCUGACGCUGUCGCGACAGCGCCGGCGGCGCCUACACACCCUGCAGAGCCUCCCACCAGCUACCUAUGCCCUUCUCAAGGACCCUUUCCAGCAAGUCCGAAAACGCGAGUCAGCGGUCCUUUCUAGCCCUUGUGUAUCAUCUGUCCUAUUCAUGCCCGCAGGACCAUCAGACUUGCAGCGGCUGCUGGCGCCGUCGGCGCGCCUGCGGCUGUAUAAGCGCCUGCAGCGUUGCUCUGAUAGUUCAAAGCUGAGUGGCCCCGAGAAAGCUCCGCGUACCCACUCUAUCGCCUCGUUUGCACGGCCGCACAGGGUGCGCUAG